AUGUCGACCUUCAGCAACGCCGACACCGGCAGCAAGACCGCCGACCCCUAUGUCGCCAAGAAUUUGCAGGAGCCUGACCUCAAGACCAAGGUCACGGAUCUGCUUAAUUUCGCCGACAAGCAGAAGUUCUGCAUGAUGACUACUGUCACACACAGCGGACUGCUGGCAAGCAGAUGCAUGGCCCUCGCCGGCAAGGAGGCGAACGGUCUCGACCUUCUGUUCCACACAAACACUGAGUCGGGCAAGACGGACGACCUGAAAGACGAUGCACACAUCAAUCUCUCGUUCCUGUCGUCGGCGGGCGAGUGGGCGUCGAUCAGUGGCAAUGCAUCCAUCGAGACGGACCGCGCAGUCGUCAAGAAGUACUACUCGGCCGGUCUGAAGGCGUGGCUCGGCGACCUCGGAGACGGCACCCACGACGGCGGCCCGGAUGACCCGCGCAUUGCUGUCAUCCGAGUCAAGGCGGUGACGGCCCAGUACGCCAUCUCCAGCAAGACGUCGGUCGGCCAGUUCGUGGAAUUCGCCAAGGGCGUUGCCACGGGCGAGACGCCGGCAAUCAACAAGCUGAGGAAGCUCGACGAGUCGGAGGUUCAGCAGUGGCGCACGAGUGGGCAGUAG